UCCACCAAUCACGUUGUGCAAAGCGUCCUAAGGUUGACGUCAGCCCCGGUACCGAUGAACAACCGGUAGCUUUGAGAAUCUCUGCCCUUUGUGACUUUGUCUGAUAAUAAACCUCUCUGUAGACAGUGGGAACAUCAUGCCUUUCGAUGUCCGGAGGUUCGAUAUCUACAGGAAAGUGCCCAAAGAUCUCACCCAGCCCACAUACACAGGCGCUUUCACCGCAAGUUUGACUGUGACGCCCUGCCAACCGCAAGGUCAUGUGACUGUCAUCCUUGGAGACGGUUGCCACCUAAACACACCUCACCUGCUCUGUUCGGAGCGUUCGGGCCAAGGCUUCUCACCACAGCGGUCUCACCGCUAUGUUUCCAUCCUGUGCUGCGUCGUCAUACUCUUCCUCUUCCUCUCGGAGCUGACGGGAUUCAUAGCCACUGAAAUUGUAAAUGAACUGUAUGUGGAUGAUCCCGAUAAAGACAGUGGUGGGAAGAUUGAAGUGAGUUUAAACAUCAGUUUGCCAAACUUACACUGUGAUUUGGUGGGUUUGGACAUCCAAGAUGAGAUGGGGCGCCAUGAGGUCGGCCACAUUGACAACUCGAUGAAGGUUGCCCUCAACCACGGAGACGGUUGCCGCUUCGAAGGGGAAUUCACCAUCAACAAAGUGCCAGGAAACUUCCAUGUGUCCACACACAGUGCCACAGCCCAGCCCCAAAGUCCUGACAUGACUCACUCAAUCCACAAGCUGGCAUUUGGAGAGAAGCUUCAGGUGCAAAAAGUCCAAGGCGCCUUCAAUGCUUUAGGAGGAGCGGACAAGCUGGCAUCGAAUCCUCUGGCUUCACAUGACUACAUUCUGAAGAUCGUGCCAACAGUUUAUGAAGAUCUAUCAGGCAAACAGAGGUUCUCCUACCAGUACACGGUGGCCAACAAGGAGUACGUUGCAUACAGCCACACGGGCAGGAUCAUACCGGCCAUCUGGUUCCGAUAUGACCUCAGUCCAAUCACAGUCAAGUACACAGAGAGGAGGCAACCCGUCUACCGCUUCAUCACCAGUAUCUGUGCCAUUGUUGGAGGGACUUUUACAGUGGCGGGCAUUAUUGAUUCCUGCAUAUUCACCGCAUCAGAGGCCUGGAAGAAGAUCCAGAUUGGAAAAAUUUCCUAGGACUAAACCUAACACCACCUCCACCAUGACCUUGACCCUUAUCCACCUUCCCCUAUGUUAUUAUUUAUAAGUGCAAAGUAGCCUGUUAGCUAAAUCCAACCCUGCUUUCUUGUAGAGACAUUCUCCUGGUGCCCAGUGAAGGUGCACAAAGCACAGGAUCUAACUUUCAGGCUACCGGCUCUUUUCACAGUUAGCGACGUAGCCCACAGGCUCAGUGCGCUCUGGUGACGUGUGAAUGCUGAGUAUCACGAGUCCACCUCCUCCGGCCAACUCUAUAGAGUGAGUCGGGAGCCAGCCAUUCAGUUUUUUUUUUUUAUUAUUAACUUGAAACUAUCCUGUUUAAUCAAGCCGAUCUCAUUGGUAAAAAAAAAUGUGGCGUGUGCUCUUAGAGUCGCCACAAGCAUCUUCAUGUUUAGUGAUUGUCACAAGAAGCAGUGUGGUGUUCUGCAAUCCACAAAAUAAUUGAAAGAAACAUUUUAUAUUCGCCUCGAGAUGUUAGUAGAUAUGGGCAAACAAAGAAAUUCUAUUGGCUAGGGCAAUAGCCUGACUGAUGAACCUCCUCCCUUUUCUUUACCAUGGUAACAAAGCACUACUUUUACAUUAGACAUGGGUUUGGCUGAGCACAAAAAACUGUUUUUCAAAAUUUUCAGCAAAUAAUGGAGAAUAGGUAAACCCCGCCCCCAAAUUCUGUGGAUCUGUGAAUUUCACAAAUGGAAUGUGGGGGGAUGCUGUAUAUCUCAGUAAAUGUGUAUUCAAUCCGCCCACACAUGCACACACUCCUGCCAUAGUUUCACUUUACAGACUAAAGUCCUUUUUUUUGACAAUUUUACCCAGAUGAUGCCAAUCCAUUUUUUUUAACCCAGUUUUGGUGACAUGUCAUGACACGUCUACAAUCUUAUGCUGUAUUUUUAAAAAAAAUCAUUUUUGGUUGAUUAAAUAGUGUUGAUGAUGAUGGCAAUGAUGGUGAUCAAAGCAGAAGUGUGUUUUUGUUUCACGAGGAUAUGGAAAACCUUCACAUCAACACAGAAGUAGUUGCGCUUCAACUAUUUUAGGUCAUGUGAGAAUUUUGACACUCUGCAGUCAAUUCUGCGUGGCUACAAUAUUCAUUUGUAGGUUAAAAUGUUUUUUUUGUAAAGCAAACCAAGUAUUGUUCUGCUGGUAAAAGGUCACCCAUUUCCCGAUUUGUAUUUAAUUCUCAUGUUUGGUAAAGAUGCCAAUGAAGUUACUGUCUUACAGCCAUUGACUGAUCUGAUAUUUAUUUUGAACAUUUUUGUAAACUGUCUUCUUUGAGAGAACUGAAUUCAAGGUCCAAUUCACAAUGUCGUACUUUUGUAGUCUGGAACACAGACAAGAUGUUUCAUUUCAUAAUAAAAGCUUGUUCGCUGAA